GCAUCCGGCUGAAGCUUCAGUCAGUCGUGUGCAAUCUCACAGUGUGGAAUGCCAGUCAGCCAGCUAAGCUACCUAGCAAAUGUGGCAUUGAAAGACAGGCGAGCGGAGUGGCUGAAUUGAGAUAAUAUCGCGUAGGUUGAAACCGUUUAAUGUUGUUGAUAGUAUAAGAGAAUAGUAAGACUUUUCAAAUCGAUUCAAACUGGUUAAUUUUACUGAUCAAAUUCAGAUUCGUCACUCGGUUGCUACAAGCUAGCUAGCGGCGUUUUCUUUGAAAAUGGCGGAUGUUGCUACAACUGGCGGUGCGGAGAAGAGCCUGGAUGAUUUCUUUGCCAAGAGGGAUAAAAAGAAGAAGAAAGAAAAGGGGAAGGGGAAAGAGACGGCAGCUGGGCCCACCCCAGUUGUCUUAAAAAAGAACAAAAAGGAAAAGGAGAAGUCAACGAAAAGUGAAAACCAAGAUGCGCAGAUUGAAAGGGAGGACGAGGAGUGGAAAGAAUUUGAGCAGAAAGAGGUGGAUUACAGCGGCCUCCGACUGCAGGCCCUGCAGAUAAGUGAUGAGAAGGAGGAGGAGGAGUAUGAAAGGGAGGAAGUUGGGGAUGAUGGAGAGAUCAUCCUGGUCAGUGGAGACAAAUUUUCUGGACCUUGGAACAAAUCUGGCUCAGCUCCAGCUGCUGUUGCCCCUGUGGAGGAAGUGGAAGUGCCUGAGUCCAAGCCUUCAGGAGUGUACCGCCCCCCAGGGGCCAGGCUGACCACCAACAAGCGAGGCCCCACCCAAGGCCCCCCUGAGAUCUUCAGCGACACGCAGUUUCCCUCCCUGGGUGCAACCUCUAAGCACAUGGAGACUCGCAAGGAUAGAGAAAUGGAGAAGACCUUCGAGGUGGUGAAGCACAAGACCCGCGGCCGAGAGGAGGGGGGGAGUGCUUCUAUGCAACAGCUGCAGCUUGACAACCAGUAUGCCAUCCUGGGGGCCAAGUAAGCCCCUCCCUCCCCACCCCCACCCCCCCUUCACAUCCUGCGCGGUCCUGCCCAGUCCCCUCCCCUCUCCUUCCCCAUCCCUUCCCUCCUGGAGGGAAACUGAAAUACAGCUGUGGUGAACCAGACCCCUGUCGAAGCUGGUGCUACCACCACCACACUGAACAUUCUGUCCCUUUUGACACCACAGAAAACAAACACACACACACACUCUACAUUGACACACUCACCCAACACCCACAGGCAUGCACACACAUGAUAUUGAUGCACCAUACAAAACACACAAACAUUUGGAAGGACUAAAGGAUCGCAGCUAAAGGGGCUGUGGUUAAAGAAACAGAUCGAUUCUACCUAAUACACCAAUAUGAACAGCACUGCAGCAGCAGCAACCGAGGACAACAAAGUUGUCUGUUGUGGAUGGCAGUCAGAGCAGCAGUCGUGUGGUACGGCAUCUCUGAACUUGUCAACUUGCUAAACUUUGAUAAAGCCACAGAGGAUCGAUACCCGGCGAGGUGAUGAUUUUCCGAACUUCUGUUGAAAUAGAUAUAUUUUUUGCGAAGAUCGUUAUAAUCCAGAACUGCACAUGGUUUUUUGGGGUGUGUGUGCGCGUGUAUUUGAGUUUCGGUUUGGGGCAUGAGAGGAAAGUCGGGGACGGGGAGGGAGACUACCUCAUUGGCAAAGCUGUGGCAGCCAUUUUGUCUGAGCCUCAGCUUGAGUGAGGAGAGAAAGGGGAGGGGCUUCCAUCUGAGCCUCAGCUUGAGUGAGGAGAGGAAGGGGGGGGGGGGGGUUCCAUCUGGCCCUGCAGGCCAGCACCACCAUGCUCUUACACCUAGACACUUGAAGACCCCUUGUUUUCCCUCAGUAAUGAGAUCUGUGGACAAGGAGUAAAGGCUGUGGUCCUCUAUAUAGAAUAACUAUUUAAAGUGGCCUUACUGUAAAGAGAAGCUGCUUUGUCCUCUGAAGAAAAGCCUGCUCGCACGCUGUCUUCACAGGCUGUUGGGCAGCCUGUGGAUCUUGCCACUCUGAGAAAAACCUCAGUUCAACAAGAAUGUAGUGCCGAGUUGUAGUUUGAACAGCUAACUGCCCGCAAUUCAUAUCCACUGUUUUGACUUGCUACCCAAAUUAUGAAUUCCCACCCCCCUCAAUUUGGAUUCUAUAACAUCAGAACACCAAUUAUUAAAGAUCAUUUCUAAUCUGAAGUCAUUCCUUUUGGUAAAUGUGUUGACCUUCUGCAUUGUUUGUUGGUGGCUGUUUUUCGACAGUGUUGCCACUGUUUUUCUGUUCUUGGAAAGGUGUAGUGUUGAAGUAAUGUGGAGGGUAGACUUCAAAUUGUUACAUAUAAAGACAUAGCUACCUAUUACAAUUACCCAACUAAUUGACACCAUCUGAAUUCCCCAAAGGAAAUGUGAUUUUGUUUAGCAUAAUUCUGAUAUAAAAGUAUAGGCUUUCCCUUUACCCCCAAUCUGUUGCAUUGCUAAUGUCCCCAAACUUGAUUUAUAAGCUUUGCACCACAAGACAUCCUCUUUUCCCCACCUUGAAGGUUCCAUCCAUUGCUAAAGAGGCCUCAGCACUUACUGGUUUACCUGUGUUAGAGGAGGAAGCCUGUAUGUUAUUCUCAUUUCUGGAGUGAUUCAGUUUGUCUUUCCUGUUUGGCACCAAACCCACUGAUGUACUCUAUGGACACAAGAUCUAGGCGCUGUACCAAUUCUCUACAAUGCAUCUUUGCUUCCUCUCUGAUCUUAAAUGGCUGGAUAGGUGGAAGUAUGUGCCUCUACACAGCUGAUACCAAUCCUGUCUGAUUGAAAUCAGUGACUUUUCCAAGGAAAAGAGAAUUUGAAUGGUGCCAUUCUAGGAUCAUAUGGUUUGGAUUAACUGUAGCAUUUGUUCCCUAGGUGGAACCAAGUGUUAAGAGGGCAAGUUGUGUCUGUCAAUGGCUAUUCAGAAUGACCCUGGAUCUAGGCCUGUACAUGCUACAGCCAACCCCUCUUAUCACUGUAAAGUCAUAUGUUGAUCGAGACAACGAUGGCUAGCUGUCUGAAACAUGUAGAAGAUCUCAAGCAAAGUUCUUUCAAAAUAUUACGGAGUCUCAUUUAAGGAGUGUCAGGGUUGGAGAAUUAAAACAUCUGGACGGACUGACCGGCCGGACCACUGGCUGGAUGACUGAAAACACUUGUGAGAUGUUUAACUCAAAAUAAAGUUGAUCCUUGUGA